AUGCACCCUGCGAGUAUCCUUCGGAUCAUAAGGAAAGGGAAGGUGUUGCCGGAUGAUGCGAAGAUUGCUAAGGAUACUAUACAGACUUAUCAGGAGUGUCUUUCUCUGUUCAUCAGCUUUAUCACCAGCGAGGCGAGUGACAAUUGCAGAAAGGACGAGAGGCGAAGCCUUACUGGUGAUGAUCUGCUAGAGGCAAUGGAGACACUAGGGUUUGAAGAUUAUGUUAAGCCACUUGAGUCAUACCUGGAAAAAUACAGAGAGAUUGAGGAUGAGCUCUUAAGAUCUUUAAAAGAUCACGAUGAAUCUGUUAGAAAGGAAGGGUCACAGCAGCAAGGCACAGAUUAG